GGGUUAACAGAUCUUCGUCUUUUUCUUCUACGAAUUCUUUUUCAAAUUUAGGGUUCAACUGAGUGGAAUCCGACAAUUUUCCGCACUGUAGACUCCGAUCGUAUCGUGAACUUUUGGCUCUUCUGCUGAAACUGGACUUUUCUUCUGGAGAACAGCUCUCUCCAAGUCUUCGUACAUCUGUAGCUUUGGGAUUAAGGAGGCAUGGCCAGCGGAGCCGUCACGUUGCGGCUGCUCCUCCCUUUACUUCUGGGGAGGGUCUCUCUGGCCCAGACUGACAAACAGCCAGAUGUUGACCUCCUGGCAGCCAACCAGACGGCAGAGCCCUCCCUGCCACCGGACGUCACCCUAUCGACGCCUACAGGGGAACUCGAGGAGGAGACCGUCCCACCCACAGGUAGCCGUUGCCGUGGCUACUAUGACGUGAUGGGCCAGUGGGACCCACCUUUCAACUGCAAUGCCGGAAUCUACCUUUACUGCUGUGGCACCUGCUUCUACCGCUUCUGCUGCCAGUUCAAGCAGCACAGGUUGGACCAGACGUCCUGCUCCAAUUAUGACACGCCCAUCUGGGCCAACACUGGCCGGCCGGUGGCAUCUGUCACUGAGUUCCAGGACCAGCACGAACGUGACAGGACCCACAUGAUUGUUUACAUCAUCUGCGGCGUGGUGGCUGUCAUGGUGCUGGUCGGCAUCUUCACCAAGCUGGGCCUGGAGAAGAGCCGUGGUGGGCAGAACGACAUGAACAGCUCCAGGACGCUGACGGAGCUGCUGAAACAGCCCGCGGGGGACAUGGGCAGCGCGGAUGGUGCCGUGGCAUCGCACCCUGUCGGCGCCAAUGGGAUCUCCGCCAGGAUGCUGCGCAGCAGGAGCGAGCAGUACCAUCUAAACAACGCUUCCUAUGCACCGUUUGGACAGAUGGCAGCACUCUCUCAGCCCCACAGCCACCUCAACGUGCCCGGUGUGGGAUACAGCAAGUACCCCUCGCUCAACACCAUGGGUGACACCGCGACCAGGGGUUACUACAAGAGCUACCCACUGAUGGACUUCGCCCAGUACCAAGCCCCGCCCCCGACGUUCCAUCCAAUCCCGCUGCACCACAAAGAAAAGUCCUUCCUGCACCAGCCCGACAUCGCGUCCCCUCUGAGCAUCUCCAUCCCGGCAGCGCCGACACGGCCCAAGCUCACCAAGACCACGACGCACCCCCUUCUCUCCAGCUCCGCCUUCACGGCCUGGGACCCCAGCAGGGCCCACGUCCACCGGCAGAGUUCGCACCCGCCGCAGUCCGCCAGCCGGCGACACGCUUACGCCAGCGACGGCCGCUUCAGCGUGGACGUGCUGCCGGACGCGUACGGCCACCACCGGCACAAAGGGCCCCUCACUGGCAGCAAGACGGAGGUGACGGUGUGAGCGGGUGGGGCCGGCGGGUGGGCGAUCCGCACGCGCACGCACUCACACACACACACACACACACACAUACACACACGUCUUCCAAGGCUCCGCGUCGAGUGUUUCCGCUUCCUGUCUGAGCAGGUGGACGGGGAGCCGUGGAGAAACACCGGCUCCGCUUUCUCGGCUCCCGUCCGCGCUCCCUCACCCCUCCUCGAUGUCAGUCUUCCGCCGGCUUUGUCCUCCAUGCUCGGCAGCCCCGCCCCCACCCCCCAUACCCCGCCCGGAGCGCUUGCAGGUGUGUCCGCGUGACGCGGGCGAACGGACCCCCCGGGCUCCGCGGUGACACCGGGGACGGGGACAGUGUCACCAUCCCGUCAGCCCCGAUCAGCCUCCCGAGGAGCCGGGGCCGCGUUACGUUCCGGCAGGUCACUCUUGAAGGGGACGCAGUGCGCAAGACGCUCCAACUCAGAAGCAGGACAUCCACCGGACAGGAAGGAAACGGUCCAAGGACCCGCUGGAGGUCCGUACCCACGGCCACAAGGAGGCGUCCGUUGCGCCGGCGUGCCGUGAGGGAAUCACCACGUUCACGACGCUUUUUGAGAAAUAAGCCAUCACCGCCACCUUCUUCCCGCAGCUGAACCCGUCCUCCGUGUCCAUUUCCGUCCCGCUGCCGGACGCGGAACUGCAAAUCGUUUAGUGUGCUGCGUGUGCCAAGCGCACUCUGGCGCUGCCGGACACACUGGACGGGAUGGCUGCGGCCAACCUCUUGUUUUCGCUUUAGAGGAACAGCUCUGGACAAGGACCUCGAGCGAGGUGGUGAGAUUUAACCCCUCGAAGUCCAAAUGUGGGACUCCAUGAUGCAAUUCUUCGAACUUUUUAAAAAUAUGUUCUCUAAAUGACUCAUUUCCAGGCUGAUCUACCUGUAACAACCCUGCUCACGCACUUCACCACAGCAGCUUAUCUCUGUCUUUACACACUGCAGGUUGUGCGGUUUCUUGCCGUAUAGCCAGAACCACAUCGCCCCCUGCUGGCAGCAAGUAGCCUGCACACAGCAGACAGCCCUCCCCUCCCCCGGCCUUUGCCCCCUUGUAGCAUGAGGGUUGCGGCUGUACUGUACCACGGUGCAGCACAUGGUCAGCUGCUGUAUCGCGUGAACCUCGUUCACACCUAAAGGGUAGAUAAUCCACUGACAAU